CAACUUUCAAUCCUUCAUUCAUCCCAUGCACAUAGCACUUGUAAACUAGAAAUCCCGGCGGUGAACUUUUUUCCAAUAUUUUGCAGUGCUUGAAAUAAUUCACGGUCCCAAUGGAGUUUUAACCAAUUGUGAGAUUGCGCAGAAGUAACUCUGUCCGCUCUCUACUUUUUUUUUUCUCCCUCCCUCCAGUCUCUACCCUUGCAGCCAGCCCAGCCCAGCUGUAUCCGCUGUUAAUUAUCACCGUGAAGUUUUCCUCCCUGCCCACCAUUGCCCCUCGUUUUUUUCAGGCGUUACCCCCCAACCGCCAUCAUCUUAUAAACGCCGAGUAAAUAGCAACCAGCAACCAAGUUCUCUCAGCUUGGCUUGUUGCCAGCGCAGCACCUUUCUAAUUCCAAACCAAUUUGGAAUUUUCGAUACUUACACAACAGCUCUUCCAAUCCAACAUUCCUUUCUUACGUUCCUUCAAUUUGAUUCAAUUCGAUACAUCAAAAGUAGUAGUUGACCGUGAAAAUGGAAAACUACCAGAAGCUCGAGAAGAUUGGCGAAGGCACGUACGGUGUCGUCUACAAAGCCCGAGAUCUGGCCCAUGCCGGUCGCAUCGUCGCAUUGAAGAAGAUUCGCCUCGAGUCCGAGGAUGAAGGUGUCCCUAGUACUGCCAUCCGCGAGAUCUCACUCCUCAAGGAGAUGCGCGACCCCAAUAUCGUGCAACUGUUUAACAUCGUUCACGCCGAGGGUCAUAAGUUGUACCUGGUCUUCGAAUUCCUCGACCUCGAUUUGAAAAAGUAUAUGGAGGCACUUCCUGUCAGUGAUGGUGGACGUGGUCGAGCCUUACCUGAGGGUUCUGGCCCUGAGCUGGGACGUCUUGGUUUGGGUGCCGGUAUGGUCCGACGAUUCAUGAGUCAACUUUGCGAGGGAAUUCGAUACUGCCACAGUCACCGAAUUCUACACCGAGAUCUAAAGCCCCAGAACUUGCUGAUCGAUCGCGAUGGAAACCUCAAGCUUGCUGAUUUCGGUCUGGCUCGUGCCUUCGGUGUCCCUCUUCGAACCUACACCCACGAAGUCGUUACUCUCUGGUACCGUGCUCCUGAAAUCCUGUUGGGUGGCCGACAAUACUCUACCGGUGUAGACAUGUGGUCUGUCGGAUGUAUCUUUGCCGAGAUGUGCACGAGAAAGCCGUUGUUUCCUGGAGACUCAGAAAUUGACCAGAUCUUUAAGACUUUCCGUUUACUUGGAACACCCACCGAGGAAGUAUGGCCUGGCGUGACUUCUUACCCCGACUUCAAGCCGUCUUUUCCUAAAUGGGUGCGCGAUUAUUCGCAGACUCUAUGCUCGAAUCUCAACGACGACGGUCUCGAGCUUUUGGAAGCCCUGCUCGUAUAUGACCCUGCUGGUCGAAUGUCUGCUAAGCAGGCUUGCAACCACCCCUAUUUUAAUGAUCUCCAUCGCCCUACCCGCUAUGGCAGUAACGGAUAUUCUUAAGCCACCUUUCCAUCCAACUAGUACAUGUAUGGGAUGAAGUCCCCCCCACCGGGUCGGAAUAUGCUUAUUCACAUGAAGCAUUAUUCCCGGCUUUCAGGAUAGGGCAACCUAGGCGUUGACCAACGAAUAUAAUUCUACGAAAUACCAUGAUUAAUUCGCCUCCAACCGAGAACCCUCGAUGUAUGCCGCGUAUAGAAUGGUUCGCUCGCCAGGUGAAACCCUUGGCUUUUUCUCAUUUCUCCGAUGUUUUCGCAACCUACGCAGCAUAUGGAACGUGGUUUUACAGGGCGUUGGAAGGGGACCUAGGCAUUUGAGAGGAGUCAGGGUGGAAAUAGGAACUACGCAUGAGAACAAUACUCUUUUUAUUGCUGAGAGCUGCUGAUGCAGCAGUCCGUGAUGCAGAAGCUCUUGGACCUUGCAUUUGAGAGGCCCUUGUUUCCUUUCCCUUUUCUUUUGUCUGAACUUAGUUACUCAACUUAGAGAUGAUGCAUUUUCUCUUUGCAUCUAGGUAGAGCAAUUGAGACUUGUUGCAUUUUCUAAUAA